AUGGGAGACUUGCAGCGUCGAGCAACCAUGCAGUAUUUUCGCAACUUUCCGUUAUACAUGACGGGUGAGCUUUGGAACUUGGUGGAGGGCGCUGAUACCACGGUAUCGCAGCUGAGGAAAAUCGAAAUGCUGCGCACUUACCUUAUCAGCUUCCUGCUCCCUACAGGGCUCAAUUUUUCAACCUUGGCUAUCGUGCCUGUACCGCCUGGCGUGAGCUUGUAUGCGAUCUGGCAAGCGGCGCGGGCAACGCCGUUGAGCUUUGCUUGGGCAAGGUGUUCCCUCGAUGGGUUCGAUGGCAAUGCAGCAGCAACAGCUGAUGACGCAAACGGCGGUUAUGAUGGCUCAGGCCGUUGCUGGAGCAAUGGGGCACAGAGAAGUGGAGAUUCCGUUGAGCUGCAGAUCUUUUCACGACCAAGUGAAAAUUCAGCACCGUCGGGUCGAGGUCUGGCUGCGCAACAGUUGUUGGAUCGUGCGGCGGCGUCGACUGAGCCUGGGGUUGCGUCGACUGAGCGGAGUGAAUCAGUUGUGCCGCUUUUGGCAUUGGUUAAUGGAUCUGAAGUGCCGCCGACCUGGCAGGCGGCCCCUGCUCAGGCAAGCGGCUCAGCAAUCAAUGGUGCGGUGGCAGUCAGUGUUCCUGCGGGAAGAGAUAUUGGAACAGGAGGCAUGAACACUGCCGGUUCCAACGUUGAUGAGAUUCCCACGGUUCCGGGGGCAGCAGACGUGGUCACGUCGGAAGUUGCAACUGCCGCAGUUGAGCAAGGCCAGAUGUCGGAGAUGCCGCCGAGCUUUGUUGCGCGAACAGUGGGUUUGCUCGCUGAAGCGCAUUAUGGGAAGACGUUGCCUGAGGGGGAGGGUCGCACAGAGAAGUCGAAGGUGUAUGACUGGGCCUGGUUUGAAUGGGAUGGCUGGGCCUCAGUCAGCUUCACCUGGAAGCAAUGUGGCAAGGAAGGGAAAGCCCAGUGGUGCCUGGACAAUGGGGUAAGCAAGCUGGUGGAUGACAAUGUUGACAUCUGUUCUGAAGCCAUUAAGUUUGGCAUCCAGGCUUACCCCAUUGUGCCUGCUGGUCAGAGAAGGAAAAAGGGGCAGUCUAAGCUCCAAAGCUGCUUCUCUGACUUUGCAGCUGCAGCCAUUGACAUCCUCAAGGGGGAAAACCCUUGA